AUGUCGAUUACAGCAUUUCAGAAGGUGACUCUUGUAACCUGUAUUGUAUUAUGCAUAUCUUUAUUCGUACCCAGCAUUAUCUACCACGAUGUGAAGAAGGAUAUGAUGCCGAAAGCGGGUAAGAAAAUAAUAACAACCCCCCUCAGUCGUCAUCUCCCUUGUUUUCACCGUCAUCACCAGUACAAAAACACGUCAGUGCGCAGUGAUAUCUCACCAUACAAAGUCAUGCAAGUUGAUCGAUUCUUCGAUGGGGCACGCGCUGCACUUUAUAAUGUCGGGCCUGGCCACUACCCCACAGGAAUGCCUCGCAAGCCCGGUCCUGGGGGCCUGGAGCCGUGGGAAGAGGAGACUGCGUACCCCGAAGCCCUGGGACCCGAGGCCAUCGCCAGGGCCAGUGCCCGGAACAAGAACAAGAAGAGCAACCACUUUGGCCAGGUUGUCCCCAUCUAUGGAGUCGGGAUACUCUUAUACAUCCUCCACAUAUUUGUCAAGCUCACAAGGAAGGAUAAGAAAGCCAAGAGAUGCCCCUCCUCAAACGCAGGACUUCUGCAGAACAUAAGUGAGGAGGAGCUGGCUAGACUGGAGGCCCGGCUGUCGCAGGCGGAGAUGAUGAUAAACAGAGUGCUGUCUCCGCAGUCCUCCAGGAGGAUGGAGAGCAGUCGCUCAGGGCGCCACUCGCGGAGAAGGGAGUCGAGUCUGCUGCGGCGGCUGCGUAAGUUCAGGCGCUCGUUCUCCUUCCAGGGGGAGCCUAUGGAGGGCGUCACCCCAGAGAUGGAGGCAGAGGAGGUGCCCUACGCCAUAGACUGGGAAGGCUAUGCUGAGGAGGUCUUCCCCCAGUACGAUGAGCCCUGCGGCCCCCGUAAGUAUGAGACCAUUAUCGUGGAGGCCCUGGACCCCGACAAGCCGUCGGCCGAGGAGCUGGCCGAGCGCAUGGAGAACGAGGAGGCCAUGAGGGAGCUGGCAGUCAUCCGAGAGGAGGACGAAGACGAGGUGGCGGCCGCAGACACGGAGGAGAGCAGAGACGAGGAGGAGGAGGAUGAGGAUGAAGAGGAUGACGAUGACGAUGAGGAGGGGGAGGAAACGGAAGAGACAGAGGAGACGGAGGACGAUGAUCCGAUGAGGUGUCUGGAGGAUUAUCAAUUGGAGGAGGAGGAGGAAGAGGAGGAGGAGGAGGAGGUGGAUGAGGAGACGCCGUGUCUGAGCCGGGAGGAGAGGAUGGAGGAGCGCAACCGGAAGAUGGGCUUGGCCGAGUUCCUGGGCCUUAGCUCCGGCCACCAACCGGCCCUCAGGCGCAGGCACAUCACCUUCAGCGACCAGACUGAAGUCUUCACGUACUCGCGGGAGGGCACCAUUGACGAGCCGGACGAAGAUGAGGAAGAAAAUACGGGUGAGGAAGAGGAUGAUGAUGAAGAGGAAGAGGAGGAGGAGACAGAAGACGAGGAAGGUCAGCAGCUUCAGCUGCAGCAGCAGCAGCAUCGCAUUUUGACCAGGACGCGGUCACUGGACGAAGACCCUCUGAUGGAGGCAGAGAGCCUGAGGUUCGUGGACCACAGCUCCGAUCCUGAGGAAGAAGAAGCUGACAAACAACGCAAGAAACAAGAGGAGGAGCAAGAAGAGGAGGAAGACGACGACGACGACGAUGAUGAUUACAGUGAUGAUGAUUACGAUGACGAAGAGGGGGAGGAAGAGGGCGGUCCGCAGUUGGGUCUGGAGGAGUUUCUGAGUACCUACCGUCCAGGGAUCAACCCUAGACUCAGCCAGGCCAGAAUCGACCCUCCGCCGACAGCCACCGAGCUUCGAAUGCGCAACAAGUCCAAGGAUAAGGAUAAUGCCUAAUACCCAGUGCGAUGCUGUGGUUUGCUCUCCGUUUUAUUUUAACCCACAUAACCCGUUCCCUCUAGUGUUGCAAUAAAAGACCUUUUUUCCCUCAAAUGCAAGUUUACAUGUUUAAUCAUCCAUCCACAUAACCAGCGUCUAGUGCAGUCGUAGCAGAAUCAAAGUGUGUUAUGAUCUUUCUUCUGCUGACUGAUAGUCAUAAAAUAUGGAUUAAAGACUCAUGACAGGAUGAUGAUGUGGAAUUUGUGGAAUGUGAUUAAUUUUAAAUUGGCCUAUAUUUUAUAUUAUUUUGCUUUUCAAAGGCCAUGAAAAGUGUCAAUAUAAUGAUACACUUGCACUGCUUUUAUCCAUUUCUUUUUGAUUACGGCAUCAUAACGCAUAAAGAUUGCAUAUUGUAGCGUUCUCAUAAAGAGCAUCUCAUAAAACAGCACAAGAAUCACUUGCAUUUUAAAAGAACGUACAGUACAUGAGGCAGUUAUCUAGAUGUGUAUUUUUCUGGCAUGUUCUACUGUAGAUUGCACUACGAGGUUCACAUUUAACCAUUUUUUCUCUGAAUGUAAAACAAUAAACUCAGCAAUACAAUUGUGAGAGAUAUUUAUGAGAAGCAAGGCUAUAUUUUG